CCAAAUCCCUCCCACAGCACCGUCCCGGGGUCCGUCGCCGCCGAAACCCCUCCCCUCUUCUUCCUCCUCCUCCUCCUCCACCACCACCACCACCACCACCGCCACCAAAGCGCUCCUGCCAUCUCGAAGCGUGGCAACUAGUUUGUCUCGCGAUCUCCCUCCCCAACCCCUUGUCCUGCUGCUGGGCUGGUGUGGUCGGGACGCGACUCCGUUUGCUGGCAUCAGAACCCUUACUGGAUAGAAGUUAGUGAGGCCGGACAAUGGGUUUCGAUAAUGAAUGUAUUCUGAAUAUACAAACUCUUCCUGGUGAAUAUUUUUGCCCUGUUUGUCGGACGCUCAUAUACCCCAACGAAGCUCUGCAAGCUCAGUGCACACAUCUCUACUGCAAACCUUGCUUGGCUUAUGUAGCAGCAACCACACAAGCCUGCCCUUAUGAUGGUUACUUAGUGACGGAAGCUGAUUCCAAGCCUCUGGUGGAUUCAAAUAAAUCACUUGCUGAGACAAUUGGUAAAGUUACAGUACAAUGCCUGUACAACAAGAGUGGUUGCCAAUGGCAAGGAAACCUGUCUGAAUGCAACACACAUGGUACCGCUUGUGCCUAUGGGAACUCGCCUGUUGUUUGUAACCGUUGUGGUACUCAGAUUGUACAUCGUCAAGUGCAAGAACAUGCUCAGCUUUGUCCUGGCAUGCAACCCCAAACACAACAGGCUGACGGUAGUCUGACACAGUCAUCAGCUGCAACGACCCAGGCAGUCACCCAAGAUCCUUCUGCAGUUUCCUCUGUGGCGCUUGUAGCAGCUCCUACAGCUGGAGCUGUUACAGCUUCUGCACUGGCAACUGGUUCAGCUGGUGUGACCACAACAAGCACGGUUGCUGUGGCCCCUUUUGCAGGGGCACCUACUUAUGCUACUCAAGGUCAAGCAGUUGCACCACAAAUUCAAACAGCCGAGCAGUACCAGCAGCAGCUCCAGUACCACCAGUACUACCAGCAGCAUUACCCUGGCUACAAUCCCUACACCCAGCAGUAUCAACAGUAUGGCCAAUACCAACAGUACACACAACCUCAAACGCAAGUGGCACCACAGAAUGUUGCUCAAGUGCCUGCACAACCUGCUCCAUAUGCUCAGCCUCAAUUCCUGCAGCCGCCACAGCCCCAACACAUAGUGCCAAACCAGUCCCAGAAUCCUCAACUCCAAGCACCAGCUGUUCAGCCACAGCCUCAGCAGAAUCCACCAUUGCAUUCAGCGCCUCAAAUUCCACAGAUGCAACCACAAGGUGAUGUACAACCUAUAGCCCAUACCCAAGUUUGUAAUCAGCCAUUUGCAAUGCCUGCAACUCAAGCAAUAGCCUCCCAGGUGCAGCCAUAUGUGCAACCUCAUCCUCCACAUCAACAGCAGGCUGUUGCCCAGCAACAACCGCAAAUGCAGUACCCACCUCAGCAGCAACAUCCUCAAUCUCAGAUGCAGCACCAGCAUCCACAAGUGCGGCAGCAAUCGUACCCACAACCUCAUGUCUAUCAUCAGCCUCAUCCAGUUGCACAAUCUCAGAACCCUUCAGUACAUGCGGUAGCAGGUCAUCAAUCAUAUUUGCAGCCUCAGCCAGCACAUCAGAUGGCACAUGGUGCUGCAAUCCAGCACCCUGUACAUGCAUCUCACCAACAGUUAGUUGGUCCUCAGCAUCCUGCACUUGUACACCCUCCUCAGGGUCAAUUUCCGUUGCAAGGUCAACAACCAUCCAUGCUGGCUCCUCAAGGUACUCAGCAUACACCACAACAUCAGCAACAUGGGCAUCAGGCUCAGCGGCCACCAAUGCAUCCCAGCAUCCCUUCGCAGGCACCACCACAAGGAUUUCCUCUUAACACACCUGUUCCUUCACAAACAAGUCAAUCAUACCAACAAGGAAUGCACUCAUCACAACAACAGAUUCAUCCUCAACCUUUCCAGCCCCAUGGUCCACAAUAUAUGCAGCAGCAGCAUGUUCCAACCUCGACUAGCAGGUCUACGAGUUAUGUUGCAACACCGCAUCAGUUCCAAGAAUCAGGAAAGUCAGAAAGUGCAGCUAAUGCUAGUGGCAAUGCUGAAGUAGGCGAUAAUACAAAUGGAGGCAGUGAAUAUUCUGGCAUAAAGCCAGAAUAUCUGGGUGAUAAAAAUGUGAAUGGGGAGCAGAAUGAUUUUAGUAAUAUCAGAAAAAAUGCGGUACAAACUGGCAUUGCAUUGGGCGUUGCAGAUGGUUUAGACAAAGGCAAAGGAAAGGAUGAGUCUGGUGGCCAGGAAAGUAAUUCACAGUCUGAAGCUUCAAAUAUAUCCAAUGAUCUUGAGAAAGGAGGAUCAUUGCAGCAGGCAUCACAGAAAAGCCAGGGAGCACUGGGUUCCUAUGCGCCCCCAGGCAUGGGCCGACAGCGUCCUUCUGGACCUGAUACCAUGCUUACUCAGCAUAUGCUCCAUCCUCCUGUGCCAUGUACGCAAGCCCAGAAGAAUCAAAUGAGGCCACCUAGUCAUAGUUUUCCAGAAAAUGUCCGGCCUACAGUGCAGCAACAACUAUAUGGUGUAUAUCAAUCUGAAAUGGCACCAAGGGUGUUUGCACCAAACCUUUCGCGGCCUGCACCCACCAUACCUGAUGAUGGCAUGAUUCGACCACCCAUGGCUGGACCCUUGCCUGGACUUCAUGACACAACUAUGCCUCCUUUUGCUCCAGAAAAUGUUGGCCGACCACAUCCUGUUGGAAUGAGAAAUGGUGUCGGCGGAGAGCAACUAGGAAAUUCCAGGGCUUUCCAUGAAGAAGGGUUCAAUACUUCACGGGAACAUUUCAGGUCGUUGGGGCCACCAUAUCCUGGCAGAUACAAUGUCAACCCUAAAGAUAUUGAAGAGAAUAUGAAGCAAUUUCCAGGGCCAACUCAUCUUGAUGAUGACAGUUUUCAGAGAGGCCCAAGGCCUUUUGAUGGUUUCGAUUCAUUACCAGGAAGGCCUCCAUUCCCAAACAAGCCAGGCCCAUAUCCUAUAGGCUUCCCUGAAGAUUUGUCAAGGAAGCCCCAUUCAAUUGUUGGUCAUCCUGACUUUGUGUCACCUGGUGCAGAAUUUGGCCAUCACAGGGUUGAUGGAAUGCCUAGAAACCCAGGUUCAUUUGUUCAAGGGAUGACAGCUGGUCCCGGAGGUCUUCGUAAGGACCAACUAGGCCCUGGCAACCUUCCAGGGAGUAGACAGCAUGAUUUUGACAAUCUAGGGUUCCCUCAUACACAUUUCCACCCCGCUGAUAUUUUUCUUCCAAGAAAUCUUCAUGGUUCUGAACCCCUUGGGCAUGGUCAAUUGCAUGGAAUUGAACCUUCUGGCCACCGGUUCCAAGGACACGUACAUCCAGAUGAUCCAAAUUUUGAUGACUAUUCUCGACAUGGUUUUCCACAAGAAUCUGGCCGCUUCAGUUCGGGUGGUUUCUUCAGUAGUGGAGAAGUUGGUUGGUGCCGGAUAUGCAUGUUUAACUGUGGGAGUGCAGAGGACCUUGGUCUACAUGUGCAUACAAGAGAACAUCAGCAGCAUGCAAUGGACAUUGUUCUGAAAAUGAAGCAUGAUGUCGUGAAGCGACAGAAAAUGAAUCCUGGAGGCCCCAAGUCAUUAAACAAAAAAGUAGCCAUGAAGGGCAACUUCCAUGGAAAUAGGCGUUAGACCUCCUGUUACAUAGUUCAGCAUUCGAUGAGAUUUCAAGGUAGGUAUGGUGGUUGCAUUUCCCCCCUCAAGUGCGACGCUUAGUUCAGUAGUUCAGUUAGUUGCUUUGCCCCCUGUCCUUCGCCAGGUCGCUAGUGCUGUUUGGAUCUAUUUGCGACCACUCAACUGAGACCUGUUUGCAUUUGGGUUAAGGUAGUUCUGCAUGCUUGGAAUGGAAUAUUUAGUAGCCCCAAACUUCUGUUAUUAUAUUGUAUUGCACACUAUUCAUGCUUUUAUGGUACUUUUUGUUGCUAUUUUGGAUAUUCAAUUCCUGUAUUCUGACUCUGAGGAUGCUUCUA